AUGGGGGAGUCACCCGACACCAUGGACGACUAUAUGAGAAUGUCCGAAAGAACCGCAAGAGAGAGUUUGUAUACAUUGUCAAGGGGUGUUGUUGAAACUUUUGGAGACGUGUAUUUGCGGAAACCUUCGUUGCAUGAUUUGCAAGAAUUGUAUGCGGCGCAUGAAGAACGCCAUGGGUUUCCGGGAAUGAUCGAAAGCAUUGACUGCACACACUGGAAAUGGAAAAAUUGUCUGGUAGCAUGGAAAGGGCAAUACGCAAGUGGUCAUCACGGAUCACCUUCGUUGGUUUUAGAGGUUGUUGCUUCUCAAGAUUUAUGGAUUUGGCAUGCAUUUUUUGGGGUUGUGGGUUCCAACAACGACGUCAACGUUCUUGAUCAGUCGCCAAUAUUCGACUAUCUUUUGAAUGGAAAAGCCUUGGAUGCUCAUUUCACGGUGAAUGGAAACGAAUACAAAUAUGGGUAUUACCUUAUAGAUGGAAUAUAUCCUCAGUAUUCCACAUUCGUGAAGGCAUUCUGA